AUGGCCCCUCACGAAGGCCUCAUCCACCCGAAAGAGUACGACAUAAAAGACAGCAACGUCGAACUGAUCGGGUCGGACCUCGACCACCGCGUGAAACACGCGUCUGCAGCUACAGAACCGGCCUGGAAUAAUGGCGUCGUCGGCGUCGAGCCGGGCCUGUUUAUCUGGCGGAUCGAGGAUUUCCAGGUCGUCCCCUGGCCGAAGGAAAAAGCAGGCGAGUUUUUCGCGGGGGAUAGUUAUAUUGUGUUGCACUCUGUCAAGUUGAAGAGCAAAGAUGGGGAUGGGGACGACGGAGAGAACAAGCUUCGCCAUGAUAUCUUCUUCUGGCUCGGCGCGCACACGACGCAGGAUGAGGCGGGAACAGCAGCGUACAAGACCGUCGAACUCGACGAGUUUCUACACGGAUCCGCAACGCAGCAUCGCGAGGUCCAGGCGUACCCGUCUGAAGAAUUCACCUCGCUCUUCCGACGGAUCACAAUCCGCGCCGGCGGCGUCGCGAGCGGGUUCACGCACGUCGAGGAAGAGGCACCCAAGGAGAUUACGACCCUUCUCCGCGUGUUCAAACACCCCGGUGCGUCGGGAAGAAUCGACUCGACGAUUGUCUACGAGGUCGAACCAACCUGGGAAAGUCUCGAUGACGAUGACGUCUUUGUUCUCGAUAAGGGCGACAAGAUCUGGGUGUGGCAGGGGAAGAACUGUAGUCCGAUGGAGAAGGCCAAGGCGGCACAGGUGGUUAAUGAGAUGACGAUGGCGAAGCAUGUGGAUGUGGAGGUUCUGUCGAGGCAUGAGGCGAGAUCGAAAGUGGUUGUUGAUUUGCUUGGUGGGCAGGGUGUUGAUACGUUUUCGACGGUGUUCAAGGCGCCCAGGCCGAUUGCCGGGUCGAAGAGCGGGGAGAAGGGGAGUGUUGGGUCUGAGAGGCCGAAGAAACUGUUUAGGUUGAGUGAUGCUUCGGGACAGCUAGAGUUUGAUCUUGUCAAGGAAGGGGGACCGGCGAGGAGGUCAGAUUUCGAUGGCGACGAUGUGUUUUUGUACGAUGUGGGCAGCCAGCUUUGGGUGUGGCAGGGGCUCGGUGCGAGUGAGAGGGAAAGGGCGCUGUGGCUGAGGGUUGCGCAGGCGUAUGUGCGGCAUAUGCAGAGUCAAGAGGAUGAUAUCUAUCUGAUUCCGAUUGCAAAGGUGGUGCAGGAUUACGAGAGUCCGUCGUUCUUGAAGGCGGUUGAUUUUUAG